AUGCGCGGUUCCYGCGGACUCCCAGAUACUGUUGUUGGGUUGGAGGAGCCUCUUGAAGAAUUGAAGUCGGAGUUGUUUCGAGAUGGUGUGAAGGUGCUUGGCAAAUUCAGGAAGAAGAUCUUCUUUUUAAGGGUUUCAAACUCGCCUGAGACAAAGAAUCUCAUAAAGGAUGUUUUCAAAGAUAUUGCAAGCAAUUCACUAGGAGACUUCAAAGAUGAUGAAAAUGCAGUUAAUCGACUAGGGGAACAGUUGAGCCAGCAAAAACAAGAACACAUGCAAUUGGUUCUAGAUGAUGUUUGGUCAGACUCAGACAUUGAGAAACUGAAGCCUGCUUUUAACACAGUGACUUACAAGAUGUUCAAGAUGUUGAUAACAUCAAGAACAGAAUUGAAAGAGUUUGAUUCUGUAUAUAAAGUGAAAACACUAAGCCACAGAAAUUCAAUUAAACUCUUCUGUCAAUUGGCAGCCGAAAAUGGAAGCCUGAAGGUUGAUGAUGAUCUUGUAGAAAAGGUUGUGAAAGGUUGCAAGGGAUUGCCCUUGGUUCUUAACGUGAUCGCUAAGUCACUAAGAAGGGAAGAACCAAAGAUAUGGGAAAUGACAGAGAGCAUACUUUCGAAAAGUAGCUCUAAAUCAAUUUUCGAUCAUCAUUCCGUUCUACAAGAUCGCCUAGCACCAAGUAUAGAACUCCUCGAUGUCAAUCUUCGAGAAAGUUUUAUGGACUUGGGUUGCUUUCCUGAGGACCGAAAAAUCCCUGCCUCUGUUCUUCUGGAUAUUUGGGUUGAGCUCUACAAGCUUGAUGGUGAAAAUGAUGCCUAUGACAUACUCAAGAAACUUUCCAACCGAAACUUUGUAAAUUUUGUUGGAGCUGCAAGGGAAGAUGCAGGGGAGAUUGGUGGUAACUUAGAUGAGCUAUUCGUGAUUCAACUUGAUCUUCUCAGAGAAUUGGCCAUCUACCGAAGCCUGAAGGAAGGAGACAUAAGGCAGAGUGAAAUAUGUCCCUUAGAAUGGUGCAAUAUGCAAUUUCCGGAAGCCAAAGUUCUUCUGGACUUCUUGGGGAGGGACUAUAAACUACCUCCAUUCAUCAAGAAAAUGGAGAAGCUUAGAACUCUGAUCAUUGCAAACCAGGGAAGCAGAAAAGCCCAACUCACUGGAUGGCAAGCACUUAGUAAUCUAGCUCAACUAAAGAGAUUCAGGAAUUGCACCACUGUGAUCUCUGAAAUGUUGCCAAAUCUCACUGAGAUCAACAUAGAUUACUGCAAUGAUCUGAAGAAAUUGCCACCAGGGAUUGGCAAUGUUGCCCAUCUGAAAAAGCUUAGCAUUACCAAUUGUCAUGAUUUAUCUGCACUACCUGAAGAGAUUGGAGAUCUCACAGAACUGGAGGUGUUAAGGUUGCAUGCAUGUACAGGACUGCUACAAUUACCAGACUCGAUUCAGAAACUCAAGAAGUUAAGGUUCCUUGAUGUAUCGGAUUGCUUAAAUAUGAAGAAGUUCCCUGAAACGUUAGAUGAGUUAAGGGGUUUUGAAAAAGCUUGGCAUGAGGCGAUGCUCAAGUAUGAAGGAACUGCCAGAAUCAGCUAA